CUUCCUAGAGAAGCCAGGAAAGAUCUUCUUUCCUCUUCCCUUCAAUGCCCUGGCGAGGAAUCCUUUCCUGUGUUUUGCCACAGAGGAAAACCAGAGCCUUGGCAGGACAUUGCCCAGAGGGUUUGCAGGGCAGCAGCUGCUGCAAGGAGCUGGGAGAAGGCCCAGUCGCCAGUCGAAAAGGCCCCCAACUUUUCUUUAGGUACCAGUUUGGCAAAAAGAGACUCCGAUUCUCAUGUUUGAAUGCUUAGCCAUCUGCCCCGGCACAAUGUUUCCCUCAGAUGUGUGCUAAGCCCUGCGAGUUUGAGAGCCACGGCUGAGGGAAGGCCAAGACGAAAUGGCCGCUGAGGAAGGAGGCGCCUCACCAUCCCUGAGCCUGCAGUUCCGGGUUGCGCUCGGACAGCACGGCGGGAUAAAAACAGAGGCCCAGGACCCUGCUGACGCUCACGAUAUCCAGAUGGUGUGCGUCGGCGAGCCUCAUGGGUGGACUGCCUCGACCCAUGUCAAGCCGGAACUGGAGGAAGUGCAUUGGGAAACCCGAGAAAACGAGGUGUUCUUGAAGGCGAGGCCAUCCCCUCGCACAGGGUGGGGAAGCCUGCCACCGAGUCAGGAGGCCCUGCCUUGGGACGGGGUCAAAGUGUUCCCCGCCUCCUUCGAGGGAGCGCUCACGACGUGCAAAUGGCUGGCCAGAGAGUGGGGGUCUCGACAGAGGACACCCGCCUCCGAAAUGGAAGGGCAGCAAGCGACUGGCACGCCAAACGGUGCCAGAGCGAGGAGGGGCAGCAGGAAAGGGAAGGCCCCUGUUCUUCUGAGCGGUGCGGUCGGGGCAGAGGCCCAGCGCCAGCAGUUCAGGCGCUUCUGCUACCAAGAGGCCGAGGGUCUGCACAACGCCUACGGCCAACUCCGGAGCCUGUGCCAUCGGUGGCUGAAGCCGGAGAAGCACUCGAAGGAGCAGAUUGUGGAGCUGGUGAUCUUGGAGCAGUUCCUGGCUGUCCUGCCCCCGGAGAUGCAGAGCUGGGUCAGGGAACGGGAGCCUGAGACCUGUGCCCACGUGAUCGCCCUGGCUGAGGAUUUCCUGCUAAGGCAACAAGAGGCAGAACAAUUGGGGCAGGAGGUGACUGGGGCGGUGGCCGGCCUGAAGUUUGGGAGGUUCACGUGGGAAUUUGCUAGAUUAGGAGCUGGGACCCUUUGUGGAGGUGAUGGUGAAUUCUCCCGAGGGAGAGCAAGUUCCAUUGGAUGCUUGGCAGAGUCCACUCUUCAAGGAGAUCAAGCAGAAGGGCGACAGAGAUGCAGAAACAAUCGCCGUACGAUGUCCCAGGAAGAGGAAGAGGUCGGGCAGCAAAGAGGUUCGGAGUUAGCGGAAGCACGCAGGAUGUUCCUGGGCAAAUCCGCCGGCCGCCUCACGCUGAGGUGCGAGAGCUUUGAGGAAGCUUGCGGAUCGAAGCGGCAGCAGGAGUGGCUUCCCGCGGUGACAUGGGAGGAGCCGUCGCACCGGUCGGAAGCCGACGGGCCUGUUCCCGAGGCGGCGCUCCACGGCGUGGCGGUCAAGUACCUUUGCCCCGAGUGCGGCCGGAACUUCCAGCACAAAUCGACCUUAAUCCGCCACCAGAAGAUGCACACGGGCGAGAAGCCCCACAUCUGCCUGGAGUGCGGGAAGAGCUUCCGCCGCAGGGACAAGCUGAUCCGCCACCAGAGGAUCCACACGGGGCAGAAACCCCACGAGUGCGCCGAGUGCGGGAAGAGCUUCCGCGAGAGGGGGAAGCUCACCAACCACCAGAGGAUCCAUACCGGCGAGAAGCCCUACGCCUGCCCAGCCUGCAAGAAAACCUACCGCUGGAAGGAGGAGUUUGUGAAGCACCUGAGGAUCCACACGGGCGAGAGGCCCUACGGGUGCGUGCUCUGCGGCAAGGCCUUCAUCAGCAAGGCCCACCUGGUCUCCCACCACCGCAGCCACACCGGAGAGAAGCCCUACGAGUGCGCCGAGUGCCGCCGGCGGUUCUGCAGCAAGCAAAGCCUCGCCAAGCACCAACGGGUCCACGCGGAAGAGAACGCCUACGAGUGCCAGGACUGCGGGAAGGUCUUCCGCUAUGUUUCGAACUUCGCCAAACACCAGAGACUCCACACGAGCGACAGGAUCCUCACUUCCCUUCCAAACCGCUUGCAUGUCUGCACACCCAGCAGCUUCGUGAGGUCAAAAGCUUCACAGUCUGGGCUUGCGGAAAGAACUGGUAACUUGGGCUCGGGCGGACAUUUGCCGGGAAGAAAUAAAAUGGCAGCCAAGCCGAGGGACGGAUUGGUGCUGGGUCUCCAGCCCGAGGCUGGGCCUCAACAGGGAGUGAAAUUGGAGCAACCGGACCUAGCAGCCCUUGACCCAGGAGUGGGGAACGGCCCGCACGUCAUACAGGCCAGGAAUACCAGGGAAUUCUGGGAGAGAAACAUGUCGGGCCACGUCAAGCAGGAGCCACAGAAGGGGCUGCAGCAGCCAUGGGAGGCCCAGCUGCAGGAGUUCCUCAGAGCGAUGGAGUCUUCCCACUCCGACGGGAGAAACCAGCACCAGCGGACAUUGGCGUUGCGGGAUGAGGCCCACCCCGUCCUGCCUCCUUCGGUGGGAAUGGAUGGCGCCAGGCUGCAUCUGAGGAGAGAGAUGACAACCCCUCUCCUGCCAGGGCCCUGCAGAGAAGCCCAACAGCCAGCUAACAGCCUCUUGGCCAAAGAGACAGGAGAGUCCGGGAAAGUCAAGGAAGAGGUCCUGAAGGAGGAGGAGAACGGCGUGGCCACUGGCAUGGAUGCUGAGCGCCAGCGCUUCCGGCAGUUCGGCUACCAGGAGGCUGAGGGGCCUCGAGAGACUUGCAGCCGCCUCUGGGAUCUUUGCCACUGGUGGCUGAAGCCGGAGAGGCGCAGCAAGGAGCAGAUCCUGGAGCUGGUGAUCCUGGAGCAGUUCCUGGCUGUCCUGCCACCUGAGAUGCAGAGCUGGGUCAGGAAAGGCGGGCCAGAGAGCUGCUCGCGGGCGGUGGCCUUGGCGGAAGACUUCCUGCUAAGGCAGCGGCCCGAGGAGCAGCGGCCCGAGCAGGUGCCGGGGGUGUCCAAGGAGGGGUCUGCCAAGAUCCCUGAAGUGGAGGCGUCUCCCUUGGGUGCCUGGCCAAGGCCUCUCUUCAGAGAGAUCAAACAGGAAGGUGACAAAGAAGCAGCCUUGCUGGCAGGAGGUGGGCAGGAGCAGAACAUACAAGAAAAUGCCAGGAAACGGGAACCGCACUGGGUGCUGCCAGGAAGGGGCGGGCAGAAUGCCUCUGGCUGGCCCAAUCGGGGCGAAGCGUCUGCCAGCCAGGAGGAAGCGUACCCCGAGAAAGAACAGGACAAGUUUAUAAAUUCCCAGGGCAGGUACGUGGAAUUCGAUGGGAAUGCAGCCCAGCUCACCGUCCCUGCACCAAGCGAGUCGCAGAAGCCGGCUCAUGAGAGGCAGAAGUCCUGCGCCCACUGCGGGAAGGACUUCCAGCUGAAGUGCAACCUGCAGGCCCACGAGAGGACCCACACGGGCGAGAAGCCCUACAAGUGCUCCGUCUGCGGGAAGGGCUUCAGCACGAGGGCGUACCUGAUCACCCACGAGAGGAUCCACACGGGCGAGAAGCCGUACCAGUGCUCGGACUGCGGCAAGAGCUUCUGUGACAACUCCAACCUGAUAGUCCACCGGAGGACCCACACGGGCGAGAGGCCCUACAAGUGCACGGACUGCGGGAAGAGCUUCCGGGAGAGGCCGGUGCUCAUCCGGCACCAACGGAUCCACACGGGAGAGAAGCCCUACAAGUGCAGGGACUGCGGCAAGAGCUUCAGCCAGAGCUCGGGCCUCCUGGUGCACGAAAGGACCCACACGCGAGAGAAGCCCUACACGUGCACGGACUGCGGGAAGAGCUUCGGCGGCAACUCGAACCUCAGGGUCCACAUGAGGAUCCACACCGGGGAGAAGCCCUACAGGUGCUCGGACUGCGGGAAGAUCUUCAGCGACCGCUCACUUCUUGUGCGGCAUCAGAGCACCCACCAAGAGGGGAAGUGUUAGAAAAGGGCGGGGGAACAACACACAAACUGGAGUUUCACAGUUCCAUACUGUCUAGGAAAAUGACAUUUUGAUGCACACAUGUACCCCACUCACACGUACAGUGGUACCUCAGGUUAAGUACUUAAUACAUUCUGGAGGUCUGUUCUUAACUUGAAACUGUUCUUAACCUGAAG